GCUGCCGGCUUGACAUGCAGAAGCCGCUGCUGGGGAGGUUGGGGCUGAGGUGGUGGCGGGCGACGGGCCUCGGGACGCGGAGCGACGCGGCCUAGCGCGGCGGACGGCCGAGGGAACUCGGGCAGCCGACCCGUCCCGCCAUGGAAAUGGAGAAGGAAUUCGAGCAGAUCGACAAGGCUGGGAACUGGGCGGCUAUUUACCAGGAUAUUCGACAUGAAGCCAGUGACUUCCCGUGCAAAGUAGCGAAACUUCCUAAGAACAAAAACCGGAACAGGUACCGAGAUGUCAGCCCUUUUGACCACAGUCGGAUUAAAUUGCACCAGGAAGAUAAUGACUAUAUCAAUGCCAGCUUGAUAAAAAUGGAGGAAGCCCAGAGGAGCUAUAUUCUCACCCAGGGCCCUUUACCAAAUACAUGUGGGCACUUCUGGGAGAUGGUGUGGGAGCAGAAGAGCAGGGGCGUGGUCAUGCUCAACCGCAUCAUGGAGAAAGGCUCGUUAAAAUGUGCCCAGUAUUGGCCACAGAAAGAAGAAAAGGAGAUGGUCUUUGAUGACACAAAUUUGAAGUUGACACUAAUCUCUGAAGAUGUCAAGUCAUAUUACACAGUCCGACAGUUGGAGUUGGAAAACUUAUAUACCCAGGAGGCUCGAGAGAUCCUGCAUUUCCACUACACCACGUGGCCUGACUUUGGAGUCCCCGAGUCACCGGCCUCUUUCCUCAAUUUCCUAUUCAAAGUCCGAGAGUCGGGCUCUCUCAGCCCAGAGUACGGCCCCAUUGUGGUCCACUGCAGUGCCGGCAUCGGGAGAUCGGGGACCUUCUGUCUGGCUGACACCUGCCUCUUACUGAUGGACAAGAGGAAGGACCCAUCUUCUGUGGACAUCAAGAAGGUGCUGCUGGAGAUGCGCAGGUUCCGCAUGGGCCUCAUCCAGACAGCCGACCAGCUGCGCUUCUCCUACCUGGCUGUCAUCGAGGGUGCAAAGUUCAUAAUGGGUGACUCGUCAGUGCAGGAUCAGUGGAAGGAGCUCUCCCAUGAAGACCUAGAGCCUCCACCCGAGCACGUGCCCCCACCUCCCCGGCCACCCAAACGCACACUGGAGCCUCACAACGGGAAGUGCAAGGAACUCUUCUCCAACCACCAGUGGGUGAGCGAGGAGACCUGUGAGGAUGAAGACAGCCUGGCCAGAGAGGAAUGCAGAGCCCUCUCAAGUGCAGUGCACAACAUGAGCAGCAUGAGUCAAGACACUGAAGUUAGGAAACGGAUGGUGGGUGGAGGUCUUCAAAGUGCUCCAGCAUCUGUCCCCACCAAGGAAGAGUUGUCCCCAAGCGAGGAGGAACAAAAGGCACAUUGGCCAACUCACUGGAAGCCCUUCCUGGUCAACGUGUGCAUGGCCACGGUCCUGGCGACCGGCGCGUACUUCUGCUACCGGGUAUGUUUUCACUGACGGACUGGGCGGCGUGAGCAUGGUGGGCACUGCCGCUGCCCAGCUUAGGAUUCGGUCUGCAGCGUCUGACCUGGUGUAGAGGGAACAACAGCUCGCAACCCUGCGCUGGAACUGGAAGGGCCAGCCCCCAGGAGGGGCAUCAGUGCACUGGGCUUUGAAGGAGCCCAUGGUCCCAAGAACAGAGUCUAAUCUCAGGGCCUUAACCUGUUGAGGAGAAGUAGAGGAAAUGCCAAAUACUCUUCUUGCUCUCACCUCACUCCUCCCUUUCUCUGGUUCGUUUGUUUUUGGAAAAAAAAAUUACAACACAUUGUUGUUUUUAACAUUUAUAAAGGCAGGUUUUUGUUACUUCUGGAGAAAAAAAAAGAUGCUAGGCACUGGUGAGAGUCUCUCUUGCCCUUUGGCGUGGGCUCAGAUUCAGGAUUUCCAUUGAUUCCAGGGGAAGGAUCCCGCCGGUCAGGACUGCAGCGUUAGUUCGUCUGGGUUGGGCAGCCCCCCACUGUGCACCCUGAGCUUGCAGGUGCCCUGGAGCCCGCCCUGUUGUGAGGAGGGCAGCCGCACUGCACAGGCAGCCUCUGAACAAGCCGGCCCGUUUCCCUCAGGUGUUCCCUGCAGGUUCCAUCCUCCUCAGUCUCCUCCCUCUGUGUGACUGCCAUCUUGCAGAUGGCCCAGCCCUCACCACCCCAUCCCUGUAAAGGGGUUCCCCUGAGGGCCUCGCCUGAGGGUCAGAGGUGGCUGCUUAGUGCUGGGUUUCCAUUUCAUUGGAAAGUAAUUACUACUCUGUAGAAGCCAUUCCACUGACAUGCAAGCAAGACUCCUAAAGGUGGGAGGAGUCUUGGUGUUAUGGAAGCCGCUCCCAGGACCUGUGCGGACCUCCGAACCACUCAGUCCUGUCCCAGUGACCGUCCGUGAAGGCAUCGGAGAGAUGACUUUUGCAGACUGCAAAGCCUUUUCCUGAGUGGUGAUUUUCAGAGUCUGGACGUAUAAACGCUACCAAGCGAGCGCUCACCAUGCUGCCUUCCAUGCUGGUGUGGCCGCGGCCUUGGGGAGGUGGGUGCUGUAGGUGCUGUGGGUGCAGUCGCUUGCUGCACAGCCUGCCUCUGAGCUUCAGGCCACGUGGCCAUGGUGGCCCGCAGAGCGAGCUGUGAUGGAGGCUUUUCACAGAGCCACCUUCCCGGGCCAUGCAUCUCCCUUCCUGCCUUACCUUCUGCUUCCUUCCCUGCCCACAAUCACCAGGAGCGCGCGGGCCUCCUGUGCAAGCAGAGCGGUGUGCGGCCAGGCCCGCCUCCCGAGGAGCCACUCUACUCUUAUUUAUUUACUUUGCCCAGAGGCGGGCCCCCAUGAGCACACCCUGAAACUGACCAUGUAAGGUGCUGGCCUGCAUCCAUGACUGUCAGGUACAGUAGCAGGUCAGUCCUGGGGUUGAGGCAUGAGUGCAGGACUGACAGGAGCCACUGUGGCCAGUGCUGGGGCCAGGAGCAGGCACAGGAGCUGGAGGGUGUGAGGAGUAGUCGUCAGGACCGUAGGACAGUGGUUUGUGCAGAGUACCUGCUGAGAUGUGAAGGAUGGGGCUGGGCUUCCUGCCCAGGCCCUUCUAGAUCCCAGUCCCAGCCUCUGCUUUCCCUGAGUUUAAAAACACCGGCUCCUGUCCUGGUGGUGCCAUGUGCUUGACAUGGGAAACCGUAGAUGGCCGCUCACUGUCCUCUCAUGCUCUGAGCAAAGGUGGCCACGCUGAGUAACCACCGCCACUCAGUGAGAACAACACCGCCCAGUGCAGAUGCCCGCCACACCCUGCUGGGUCGCAGCCAUUCCACUUGCACCUCAUUCCCUGGAUACUUGGGCAAGCAGGCCCUUCCACGUCUGGGACCAGCUCCUCCAUUCCAAGGUCCCGCUGUUCUGCAGCAGGCAGCUUGUGAAUAAACACCCUCCUGGGAACAGUGUGGGUGACAGUCCUUAGUCAGCCUGCUAUCAUUGCUGGUCCAGGUCACCUUGCCCAGAGAGUAUGGCUCUUGAGCCUGGGAGAGACUGCAACGGUGCUCAUGACUCGUGUGAGGGGAACCUGACCUCCACGUUGGGUGGCUUUUUAAAAUAAGCGAAGGCAGCUGGAACUCCAAACUGCCUCUUGCCAGCAUUUCACAUUUUGCCUUUGACCCAGAGAAGCCAGCACAGAGCCACUGGGGAAUGUGAUGGCCUUGCCUGCAGAGCUGGGGAGGUGGCACAGCCAGAGUCCAGGCUGGGCACAGUUAACAGUGCGUUGUGUCUGGAGUAGUACAGCGUGUACAGUAGCCUUAGAGGUGGGUAUCCUGGAAAACAGGCGCUCGCGCCCGACCUGUCACCCCUGUUGGAGGUAGCAAGCUGCUGUAUGCCUUAAGUCAAUAUUUACUCAGCAGGGCGUUCUCUCUCUCUCUCUCUCUCUCUCUCUCU